AACAGUCUGUUAAAUUAACUGGCUAGAAUUAGAUGGAGAAGGGCCAGAGGGAACCUAAGAGGCUUCUUUUUAGUGCAACUCCAUUAGUGUUCUUGCUUCUUGUCUGCCUGCUUUACACACAGUUAUCUGCAUCAACUUCUCCUUCAUUCAACAAAUGGAUGCAACAGUUAGCAAACUGGAAAGGCAGAGGCAACAAGUUUGAUGAAGCAAGACGAUAUCAAGAACUCUAUAAGCCAAUUCUAAGGAGACUGGUAAAAGGGGAAGAUCAGAGCAAGCUUGAAGAUCAUGGAUUCGCAUGUGAUUAUGAUUAUUAUUCAGUGGUUUGUGUUGCAAGUGAACCAUCUCUGAGGAUUGAUACUAGAAGAAUGAUAGUUCAGAUGCAACUAAACAAGACUUCUUUGCAAGAUAGAACAGCCACAAUUAGACCAUAUGCAUGGCAACAUUCUGUUGAAAUUCUGGAAAAUACGACACCAGUUCAGAUUAUACAUCGAAACACAGCCAGUUUACCGGCCUGUCAGUACAUUCAUGAUGUUCCGGCAGUUAUAUUCUCUUCCAGUGGCUUCAGGGGAAACUUAUUCCAUGAAUUUGAUGAGGUUCUCAUCCCUUUAUUCAUCACAUCUCGCCACUUUCAAUCCGAUGUUCAGUUCAUACUUUCGGACUACAACCCUCCACUUGUAAGUAGAUAUGCAGAGAUUUUCUCACAUUUAUCGCAUUAUCAGAUUAUGAAUCCGGCUUCAGAUGGAAGUGUACAUUGCUUCCCUGCUGGAGCUGUGAUCGGGCUGAAGUUCCAUAGUUUUCUAUCUAUAAAUAUUUCUAGCAACAUAAAUCCAGGAGGCUACUCCAUGUUAGACUUCAAGCAGUUUUUAAGAGAAUCAUACAAUCUGAAGAAAUUCAAUGUGGAAACACAAAGGCCCAAGUUACUUCUUAUUUCAAGAGUAAAAUCAAGAACAUUUCUGAAUGAAGCGGAUAUGGUGAACACGAUGGAAGGGUUAGGCUUUAGAGUAUUCAUUGCAAGGCCUGAUCAGAUGGCCAAUUUAACAGAAUUUUCGAAACUAGUGAGCUCAUGCAGUGUUAUGGUUGGAGCUCAUGGCGCUGGCUUAACAAACGAGUUGUUUUUGCCUGUUGGUGCGGCUGUGAUUCAAGUGGUGCCGCUGGGGCUUGAAUGGGCAUCAGCUUUUUAUUUCGGUGAACCAGCACGAGUCAUGGGAGUUCAUUACAUAGAGUACAGAAUUCAACCAGAGGAGAGCUCACUUAUUGAUACAUACCGUCGUGAUGAUCCAGUAAUCUUAGAUCCACAGUCUAUAUUCGACAAGAGUUUUGAAGCUGGCAGGGCUGUGUAUAUUACUGGGCAAAAUUUGAAGAUCAAUAUUCCCAGGUUUAGGAAGACUCUUAUUGAAGCAAGACAACUUCUUGGACGUGAUACUUUGGCUCCUUCGGAUUGAGUUUGUGAAUAGUUCAAC